UGCCGUUGCCUGAGGUAUAAGUGAAAGCAGCUCGCCCUGCCACAUUCUAACAGUAAACGACAUACCUCCGUCAUCCGAAUCGCCAGCAAAUCUUUUACAAUGGUCCAAAAGGCGGUAAAGUUCACUCCAGAGGUGCUGCUCAGCGCUCCUCGGCGCUCAGCAGGUACACCCAACCCCGCCGGCAAUGGCGUCCUCUACACCGUGCAGACGUACGAUUUCAAGACGCACAAGAAGGAGAAUGCAUUCCGGCUCCUGGAAACGAAGACUGGAGACAGCCAUGACAUCCUCAAGGACAAGGAUGUCAGCAGCUUCAACUGGCUGGACGACGAGCAGUUUGUUUUUUUGUGCUCGGAGUCGGGCGGCAAGACGGACGUGUGUGUAGGACGUGUGCCUCGGUCUCGUGAGGCUUCGGAGGCAGCGUCUGAGUCCCACACCUAUGUUGCGGGGACGAUUGAUGCCCCGGCGUCAGAUCUCCGCGUGACGAAGCUUCCGCAUGGAAAGGAUCAGUUCGGCAUUGUCUUCGCCGCCCAGGCUUCUCCGGAUGGAAGUCUAUUCAACCCCGAGACGGCGAAGAAGACGCAUUCCACUGGCCGAUUGUACAACAGCCUCUUCGUCCGCCACUGGGACCGCUAUGAGGGCAAGGAGAAGAAUGCGCUCUUCUUCUCGCGGCUCUCCAAGGGCCAUCACGACGAGAAGUUCGGCCUGGGGAAAAUCAUCAAUGCCAUCAAAGGCACGGGUCUCGAGUCCCCGAUUGCAACGUUUGGCGGAACGGACAACUUCGACAUCUGCCAUCAUUGCAUCAUCUUUGUGGCGAAAGACCCGGAGCUCGACCCGGCACUGAAUACGAAGGUCAAUGUGUAUCUCAUCCGCAUGGUCGCGUGGGAUGAGGCGGCCGUGCCUGUUUUGGAGCGCGUAGUUGUUAGAGGAUUCGAGGGCGCGAGUGGGAGUCCUGUCAUUUCGCCGGAUGGCUCCCGGGCGGCUUUCUUGGCGAUGAAGAAGAAUGGCUACGAGGCGGAUAGGAAUGAGGUGUUUAUCCUGCCGCUGCAGGGAGACCUACAGCUUGUGCAGAAGACUCUUGUGAGCAGCGAAGGCGGCGAUGGAGUUUGGGACCGCAAUCCGUCUUCCAUCUGCUUCAGCGCCGAUGGCAAGAGUCUCCUCGCCGUGGCGGAAGAGGUCGGCACCGCGAAGGUCUUCAUGCUCAAUGCGGAUCUAGGUGCACAUGCCGAUGUGAGACCGUUGACCAAGUCUGGAUAUGUGAACGACGUGGCCUGCCUGGCCAAUGGCUCCAUCUUUAUCUCCGGCUCCACGCUCGUCGACAACUCCUUCUACGCGAUCGUGGAUCCUCACUGCAAGCCAUCGACAUCCGGCGAUCUCACGACUUGGACGAAUUCUCACUCCUCUCACGGGAACAAACUCGGUCUCAACCCCGAGCAAGUCUCCUCCAUUUGGACCCCGGCCAGCAAUCCCGAUAUCAACAAGGAAAUCCACUCUAUCGUCGUGAAACCGAGUAACUUCGACAGCAGCAAGAAGUAUCCGGUUGCCUACCUCAUCCACGGUGGGCCGCAAGGAAGCUGGGCGAACAGCUGGAGCACUCGAUGGAAUCCCGCGGUCUACGCCGAGCAGGGCUACAUUGUUGUCGCCCCAAACGUCACGGGAUCUACCGGAUACGGACAGCGGUUCGUCGAUAGCAUCAGAGACAACUGGGGCAACGACCCGUACCACGACAUCGUCAACUGCUUCGAGUGGGUUGGGAAGAAUGUGACUGGGGCGGACAAUGAGCGAGCUGUCGCGCUGGGUGCCAGUUUCGGAGGUUACAUGGUGAAUUGGAUCCAAGGCCACGACCUAGGCCGCAAGUUCAAAGCGCUAGUCUGCCACGAUGGCGUCCUCACGAUGCCCGGCAUGCUUUCGACAGAAGAACUCUACUUCCCCUUCCACGAAUUCGGCGGCACGCCCUGGCACCACGCAUCAACCUCCGCAAGCGACAGCGGCAAUUUAGUCCAAGGGCAAAAGAACUUCGGCUCCGCCACCGUCUCCGACUGGCGCCGCUGGGACCCCAGCGAGCACUUCACGCACUGGGCGACGCCGCAACUCGUCAUCCACAACUCCAAAGACUACCGCAUUUGCGUUGCCGAUGGGCUGGCGGCGUUCAAUGUGCUGCAGGCGCGCGGCAUCGAUUCGCAGUUUUUGACGUUCCCCGAUGAGAACCAUUGGGUUCUGAAGCCGGAGAAUUCGCUCGUGUGGCAUAAGGUUGUGCUCAAUUGGAUUAACAAGUAUGUUGGACUGCCGGCUUUGUCGGAGGAGGAUCCGGAGGGUGAGGAGUUUUUUGGUGGGGAGAAGGCUGCGGGCGAGGAGUCGGUGGACAUGAUGGCGCUGGGGAAGCCGGAGACGUGAGACAAGUAAUGUAUUGCGUGGAGCUUGGGAGGGCUGAAAAGUAUGAAGACCAACACAACGGACAAUGGAAACACACUUACCUACAAUGCAC